UCCUCCUGCGUAACAGGAAGGACAGACGCUAAGAAGUGAACCGUUUUAGAAGCGCUUCCCUUGUAAUACAAAACAACUGAAGCUGUGAUGUGUUGUUUUGCUUUGGAAUAAAUGUCCAGGCAAAAAGUCGUGUUUAUGAGAUACGGCAUAAGUAUGAGAGAAGGGUGACGAAGAAGAAGGCGGCAGUGCGGUAUAGCUAAACAUCGCCUUAUAUAGAUGCAGUUUGCGUUCAGUUUGUUACGAACACGGGUAGCUACUUUUAAGUCAAAAAAUGUAAACAACGAGAUUGCGCGUGUUUGGUGAGAACGAGGGAGGCUAACUGACGGAGGUACCCAGUCAAACAUGUCAACUGACGAAAUCGUUGCCAUUAUUAUGGAAGAUAAAACAUACAAUGUGAGCAAAAGCAAACUGAUUGAGAACAGCGAUUAUUUUCGUGCUUUGUUCAGUUCUGGCAUGCGGGAAUCCAAAGAAAACCGUGUCCAGCUACAGGGCCUGAGUGCUCACGGCCUGGAGCUGGUCCUCCGCUUCAUCAACACCUCCCAAGUUCACGUCGAUAACGAUAACCUGGAAGACUUAAUCCAGGCUGCAACUUUCCUGCAGGUAACAGCCAUCUAUAAGUUGCUACUUUCCGAGAUUUGCCAGGACAACUGUUUAGAGCUGUACUAUCUGGCCGACCUCUAUGGCCUUGUUGAUCUCAGGACAGCCUGUCUCACAUUCAUGGCUUGCUAUUACCAUGUAAUGCUGAGGAGGGAGGAGUUCAGGUGUUUGCCAGCCGCAUUUGGGCAACAAGUGAAGGAUCUACGGAUGAAAGGUAGAGCCACCUUGAUGGCAUUUGGAGACUUCAGUGGUAUAUCUCAGGAUUCACUGCUGUCAAUGCUGAGGUAUGAGGAGGUCGCUCAACGGUGGCUUCCUUUUGAUUGCAACUUUCCUGCAGAUAUGGUCAAUGUCAGGGGAUAUGGAUCAGCCGUCUUGGACAACUAUUUCUUUAUAGUUGGGGGCUAUAGGAUAACCAGUCAGGAAAUUUCUGCAGCUCAUUGUUACAACCCCAGUCAAAAUGAAUGGAUCCAGAUUGCAUCUCUAAACCAGAAAAGGUCCAAUUUCAAGCUUGUGCCAGCAAAUGGAAAACUAUAUGCAGUUGGAGGACAUUCUCUGAAUAGUGUUGAGUGUUACAGUCCUGAAAUGGAUAGUUGGAAUUUUGUUGCACCGUUACCAGACCCAUUAGUUGAAUUCUCAGCAUGCGAAUGUAAAGGAAUGAUCUAUGUCAUGGGAGGCUACACCUCAAGAGAUCGGAACAUGAGAAUCCUGUGUUACUGUCCAACUUCUGACAGCUGGUUCAGCUUUCAGGCCUGUUCUUUCCAUGUACGCAAGCAGCAAAUGCUCUCUGUUGAAGACACAAUUUACUUAGUUGGAGGAUACACCCACAAGAUAGAACCAAACAAAAAGACCAGGCAGUCAGAAGACAUGCUUACUGUACAGUCCUAUAACAUUUCAACACGAGAGUGGCUCUGCUUGAAAGCAAUCAAUUCUAAAUCUGGGUUGAACCUAACCUGCACACUUCACAAUGAUGGAAUUUAUAUAAUGAGCAGGGAUAUCCGCUUGCCAUCUAGUUUUGAGCACAUCAUUUUCCUCAAAUAUAAUAUUUUUUGUGAUGUGUGGGAAGGCAUCCGUAAAGUUCCACCUUUUGGGCGAAAUAUGCUGCUUUGCUCCCUGUAUUUACCUAAUGUCAUUGAACUUUAAAGCAGAAUUUUUAUAGUUAUCUUAUUUCUUUAUUUGGGCUUGCAGUUUCUAUUAAAGAACCAAUGAAACUCUGCAAAUACUUUUAAGGAUUGUUUUUUGCUAGUAAUUUAAUUGUGUUCUAUUGAACACAAUUGAACAUGUGCAUUGCAUCGUUUUUUGACUAUGGAGUAAGUUUUAUUAAAAUUUAAUUUACUGAAGAAGGAAACAUUGUACAGCAAAAAACAUGUUUGUUGCAAAAAUGCAUUUUUAUAUUUUUUAAAUUCAAUUAUAAAAUUUCAAUGAGAUUCUCAAACAACAUUCCCUUUUGCUAAGAAGCUUAUAAGUUUUUGGAAGAUGGUGCCAAUUUUUUUUUGUUUGUUUAUUUAAUUUGAAUGUGUAAAUUUACAAUUAAAUGUAAAAUCCAUCAAAUUAAAAGGCCUUAAACAUUAAGUCAAAUGUUAUUGUUACUGUCCCUUUAACUGAAGUUCAGCAACUAAGCGUUUCACUACAUACCAUACUGUAUGUGUACUUUGUGUGUGACAAAUAUUUGAUGUGAAAAUUGAUUUAAUAAUGAAAGAAAUAAUUCUGAAACCAUUUUUCUUAAUGAAAUAUUUGAUUACAAUGCUCAAAAAUUCAGAAUGUUUACAUUUUGAAUCACAUUUUCAAAUGAAUAUUUUUUUGUGCAGAUGCUGCAUGUAUUAAAUGAGCUCUUCUUGAAUACUAUGUGUAGUUUUGGUUUCCACAUUACUGGAAAGGACAUUACAUUUCUACAUUUUGUUAAAAAGAACGCAAAUGAUUGACAGAACUUCUAAGUCAAGGCAGUAAUGUCUGUCUGUAACUCUGCUGUUAAUUCACCUGUCAUUGUGCACAUACUAUACUUACAGCCACACCCUCUGUUCUUACCUGUGUUUUUCUUGUCCUGCCACUGGAUUGUGUGGUCCACUAAUUGUAUUGCAGUGCUGGGGAUUUGCAGGUGAGACCAAGUCUCUGUUAUGAUCAUCAAGCAACAAUUCUAGAUGAAAUUAUUUGCAGCAAUCUGUAGCUUCAACUCAUCCAUUUUAUAAGUAAUCAAUCUCACUUUGGUGAGAAAGAUGCUAGGUAACAGAGGUUUGUGUGAUUGUUUUCUUAGCCUAGCCCAUAGACCCGAUUGGCAUCCCCACUUCUGUUUCCUCUCCCUUCAAUGUCCCAGUCGCUUACUGGGACCGAUGAUAAUCUAGGGCGACCCCGGUGUUCUCACUAUAUCUUCUGGUAUGCCAUAAAUCUGCUGUAAGUGGUUUAUAGUGUUUCACUUAUACUGUAAUCCAAUAUCGAUUAAAUCCUGACGGUUAAAUCCUGAUGGCUAUAUACAAAGUUUGCAUGACAGAAAUUGACAUUCAAAGACAAAAUCAAAUAAACAAAGCAGGGUCGGUGACAAUAGUGAAUCUCCAACCCAACAAAUAGUUCAGUAGCUGCUGAUUUGCUUAUUUAUUGGAUAGUAGUGCCUGUUCAAUGGCUGCAGAAUUCUGCUCUUGUUGAAGUUCAUUGUGGGUUUGUUUCAGUAUUAUUUGCAUAUGAUACAUACUGCAGUUGGAGGUUGGUGCAAGAGGCAAGGACAACAACAUACAUAAGGGAGAGAAACAGUCUGGAGGUAGAGUUCAACCCAAAGCUCAGUUUUGCUGUAACCAGACCAGAUAAUCUUUUUCUUUAUGCUUUUAUAGUCCUUUAACAUGCUGUUUGUCAAAUUUCAAGUAGGUUGUCGUAAGCCUGUUACUCAAGAUUGGUUUACAUCAGAUCCUGUGCAGCUGAGAUUUUUGUCCCCUCUCAUCUUAGCAGAGGACUUUUGAAGUUCUGUUUGAGUGACUAUUGAGUUUCUGGUUACCUCUCUAACCAAUGCACUUCUUUUCUAGCUACUCUGUUUGUCCCAAUUACCAACUGUACGUGCUUUUCUUUACAAUGUUCAGUCAAUUUAGUGUAUAACAGGUGGACUCAAAUUAAGUUCUAGACACACCUCAAGGAUAAUUAAAGCAAACAAGAUAUACUUGACCACAAUUAGGAGAGCCAAAGAGUCUGAAUACUUAUAUAAAUGAGAAAUUUCAGUUUUUGAUUUUUAAAAUUUGCAAACCUUUCUGAAAACAUGUUUUCACUUUGACCUUGUGAGUUAUUAAAUACAGUAUACAAUGAUUGGCACAAACAGCAAAUGUUAUCUAUUAAAAUUAAACCUACAAAACAAUAAAGUGUGCAGAAAGCAAAUAUUUUUUGAAUUCACUGCACAUCUAGUUUGUCCAGUUUUUUAAUUAAAUUUGUAAUUGGCUUAUUUCCUCUUAGGAUGAAUAUUGAGCUUCCCAUCUUCAGAGAGGUGGGUGACAAAAGACAAAAUCUAUCUCUGCAACAUUUUCUUAUGUGUGCCAACAGCAAAGUAGAUUUUAUGUUUGGAGUUUGUGUCUUUUUUAGGUUCCAUUAUGUGAAUACAUUAUCUAACAAGACCUUCCUCUCCUUAACCCCAUGUGGCCUUUGCUGAGUAGCCAUAAAGUUAAAAUGAGAAAUCCAGAUGAGCUCCAGAAUCUUCUGGCUGAAGAGUUGUUCUACAGUUGCAAAGGGCUAAAGGGAAUGGACAAAUCUUACAAAGCAACCCUAUUUUUGUUUCAUGCCAGUUUUCAUAUCUGUGUAUUCAAUUUUGAGUCUCAGCGUGCUAGGUUAUAUUCUUCCCCAAAGGAUAAAAAGCUGUGCCAGUUCAUGCUAGUGCAAACCACAUUUACACAAAGAUGAGGAGGCUGAGAUCUUUGAGUUUUCAUGCCUAAGGCUGUUUACCUGUUGUUCAUUUAGGCUUUCAAAUGCUGCAUAUACUUCUUCAGCUGGGUUCUAGCCAGUAUGGAACAGAAGUAGUAAAGGUGUGCCCCUUUUCAGCACAUACAAAAAAAAUCCAUACAUGUGUUUUUGUGAGCAAAUGUUGAGAUGUGCUUCGUCUUAAUGUGUCCAUCAAUUCUUUCAUUCUUUCCUUUCUCUGAUUAAUGGUCUCCUACAACUGGUUAUACUGUUUAUACAGGCACACUACCUAAACUUUGUUUAGUAUCACAGUUAAAAUGGCACAGAAAAAAUGUUUUGUAAAAGUCAUCAGUCAUGCUAACUCUCCACUAUCUCCAGCAGUCACAAAUUCAUAAAAUGCUACCUGAGAAGCAAAGAUUGAUAUUUUUUUUUUCAGUGACCAUGUUCUUUUUUAAUGUUCUGUCUAUUCAAGUAAUUGAAUCAAAUCAAGGACUGCUCAAGAAAAUUAAAUGUGGGAAAUGUGAAAAGCUGAAAAACUAUCAUACAGAUGUCAUAUAUAAUGUACUAUAGGUCAAGGUCUUUAACUUUUCUUUAUUGUGUCUUUGAUAUGUUAUUAAUGUUCAUAAAAAUAACUUUGCUUUGGGAUUAAUAAAGCAUCUGUCUAUCUUUAAAAUUCUUCCUGGUGCUCUGCCAUAUAGCAGCCUUUCUACAGGCACACUCUGUCUCUCUCCCUUUCUUUUAACAGUUUUUGAAUUUUUUUUUUGCAGUUAUAUAUUAAUAUUGUUGAUUUGGCCUCUGACUUAUUACCAUAAGUUACUUUUAAGUUUUUUAAAUGUAUUUUUAAAUUGAAAAUCUGCUGCUGUCAUCGCAGAUUCAAGUUUGUCUGAACUUUAAAUUGUACAAUGAUGUUCUAAGGUGGGUUUUCAAAUGUUAGGAAGAGUAGCUGUAAGACGCAAUCCACCUUUUCCCCAAAACUCAGAUUCAGAUUUGUCAAUAUCUCCUACUUUGCAUUACAAUUUGUUUUUGAACACCAUCUGGAUCAAAAUAUAUGCCCUCGGGAUACAACUGAUUUUCACGUUUAAUUUACACAAAGUAUCUCUUCCCUAGCAAAUUGAUGUAUGAAUUGUCUGAGAUUAGUAUAGGGAUUUAGGCAACUAGUCCAUUUGUGUAAAGGUGAACUGGAAACUUUAGAGGAAUUAACCAUCAUUGUCCUGAGAAUCCUACUGUCUUAACAUAUUUGCAAGGCAUAGGAAGGUGGCUUGUGUCCUUCUUUUUGACACAAGUGUAUGUGGCUGCUACAUCUGUCAUCACAGGGAUGUUUUUCCCUUCAAUUUCAAAGUUCACCAUUGGUUCUUUGUAGUAAGGUGAGGUCCGCGGUUGAUUAGCAUUUUAAAUUAAUAAUCACCGGACUCUCAUGUUCAGGAUGAUGCCGGGAGCAGCUGCUAAUUGCUGCUGCGGUGCCAUGUCCCUCCAUUUACAAAGGGAAGCAGGAGUUCUAGCAAGGAGAGAAUAAAAAAAGGAGAUGAAAAGAACGAACUAAAGGAAAAGAAAAGGAGGUUAAAGUGAAAGAGAGCAGAUGGACGGGUAUGUAGCCCCAUUAAGUAGCACACUCAGGAAGGGGCUGAAUGAUCGUUCCAGCUGAGUGACCAAGUAGCAGGAGUGACCAUUGUGCUCAGGAAUGUGCUCUCACUGGGAAGAUCCGUCAGCCUGGCAGCAGUGGGUGGACAGGAAGCCCAUGCUAGGAGGAGAUGACUGACUGGCAACAUUACAAGCAGAGCAGGGUGCGGGUGCUCCCCGUGGAACGCUGAGGAAGUGGCAAUGGAGACACGAGUCAGGGUAAAAGGUUUCUGGGUCUGCUGGUAGACUUCUUCUCGGUCUGCAAGAUCUGGGAAGAGAUUAGACAAGGAGGAGUUGGUUUUUAAAAAAAAAUUUCUUGCCUGUGUUUUAACCCCUGAUUUUCACUUCUUUUAUGGAUUAUUUAUUUAUGGAACAUUUUGAGCACUGCACUUUUUGAACA